GUUGGUAACAAUGCAUUUUUUUCGAGGGAUUCCAUUCUAUGGUUGUCGCCUAUAAUAUCAAGCACGGGGCUUGGUUGCACGCCUACUACUAAGGUGAUGGCACUAUGUGCAUCUCCAUAAGGAACCUUGAUGGAUCUCGCAUUGUUUAUCCAAGACAACAUACUCGAAGCAACUCCACUGGUUCAACACUGAUUAGCAUGGAUCCACGUCGUCCAGGCGCCCUUUCUCGUGAUAUGUUUCGGACGGGCGACGUGAUACCUCCAUUUGCCCUCAGAAAUACUCAUCCCCUGUCUCUUGUACGUGGCAACACCAACGGCAGUCCAGAAUACCGAACAAACAGCCUUGGUUGUCCUAUAUAUUUUGCUUCAACUGCUUUCCAUGAAGGUCCGGUUAGUCAAGUUGACAUCGGUUCGCUAAGGCGACCACAGAGUCCACCAGUUGCACAAGAUUCUGGCAGCUUUUCCGAGCGGAUUCGUCGCUAAAGUUGUUUUGGAUCCUACUUUGCAACCAAUGAUGCUCCCAAGCAUGUCUAAUCAACGUGUCAUUUUCCUGUUCUACUUUUCAUUGUUUCAUGAAUGGUGCUUUGCCAUGUUGUGGGUAAUUUCUUUUAUUUCAUCCCCAGAUUUGUGAUAAAUGGUAUUUCAAUGCCUUAUAGUUUCCCUGAUCGGGAUGGAUAAUUAUAAUGUAUGCCGCAAAUA